AUGCAGCACCACGGGGCUGCUAAUGGCCAACGAGCGCUAGGGCCGGGAAUGACGGCCUUACUCACACAGAUGGCCGCCCGGGGGGUGACCAAGACACAGAUAGGCCCUGGUGGUCAGCUGGUUGGCAGCCAAGGAGCUUGUUCCAUGCUUCCCUUACCGGGCCCGCCGUGUAUGGGCAUGCAGGGAGCCUGCGUCGGUCAAGGCAUGCUGUCGCCCAUGGGUGCCUGCGGGGUCACUAAUUCGUCCUGCCUGGCGCUACCCGGGCCGCCAGCUGCUGGACGGCCUGUGUUUUUGGCACCGGCGACAGCCCACAUCCAGCCCGUCUCAGGCAAGCCGAAAGCGACGAACCAGCUGGCUGCGGAGUUCGUCCAAGCGAGCAAGGAGAGGCAAGCCGAGAUGCUCAAGGAUCCCACCUUCUCGCGCGCCAUCCUCCAGAGCCUGGCCGACAACUCGGGAGGCGCUCGGGUUGCGCCCGUGGUGGAUGAGGCAGCGGAGAAAGCGCUCUGGACGGGCAUGCUGACCUUGACGCGGAAUGGCAGCAAGAAGCUGCCAGCCCGGGUUGCCCUCCACCACGGCAAGAUGCAGGACAUCAUGGUGGCGGUACGGACUGCCGCUGGCAACUCGAGCCUUCUGGAUAUCAAGCACCGCGUCCCUUUCGACGAGGUCGCGCGGCGCAUAUCAACCGGUACGGUUCUCAGCCUAGAUCCCAGGACGCCGACUGAGCAGCGAUCUUUCGACGACUACAUCGCCUACUUCAAGACGAAGGCUCGGGCGGGCGUUGCCCGCUUGGACGAUGGCCUGGCGCUGUACGUCAUGCCCGCCGGCGAAAGCCCUGAGGUUCUAAAGUCGCUGUAUGAGCUGAACACCCACAUCCCCCGCAACGGCAGCCUGCUUGGCAUCAUCGGCACCGCUGGCAACACAGUCAGCAGCGCCGGGGAGAAAAAGGCGGAGCCGGUCAAGGAGGCUGCUGCAAGCGAGGUGGCACCGGCGGGUGAAGGCGAUGGGGCGGGUGAAAACAUCUCUUCGAAGGAGCUGAUGGACCUUUUCUCGAACCCAGACUUGAUCAAGCUGCUCUCCGACAAGGAUGGCGAGGACAAGGGGAACUGA